AUGCUGUACUUGUUGACUACUUCUUCUGGUUUCAAUUUGAAGACAUUCAUUGAUUCUGCUGAAGUGACCAUCAACAAUGUCAAAGGCAAUGAGACAUUACCUCCAUUCACUUUCCCUUUUGGUCUUGGCAAGUUUGUGCAAAUGCAAGAAGACAAGUAUGCCCAUCUGCUCAAAUACUAUCGCAUGUCAUAUUGUGAUGCUUCACUGAGAGGUUACCAAGAAGUAAUUUUUGUCAUGUUUUAUGAAAUCAACAAUCAUAGAAGAAGCACGUUUACUAGCCAGAUCCAAUAUAUUUUUGUCAACAAUAUCAUCAACCCAGUUACGUACCAAGUGGACAGACAUAUAUUUGCAUAUGUCAAGUAUUAUAGAACAUCUAGCCAGGAUACAAGAAGUAAGCAGUUUGUGGAGAUAAGCAAAUUUGCAUUUACAAGAAACGACUUUCAAAACAGCUUACCUGUUCAUUGCAUAUUGAUGUCUGCUGCCAAUGGUGUAUAUACGACUGCCACUGGUAAUACCCAUAUGCUCAUUGCCCCUUUAUAUAGAAAAAUUUAUACGUAA